AUAUUUCUAAGUUACGACUAUAGUUGUUGCUAGACUUAGUUGUUCACAUUUUGUGGUGCUGUUUUAGGUCAUGAUCUGGCAUUGUGUAGUAUUAAAGGUUGUUAUUAUUGCUGAAAAUUAUGAAGAAGAAGCUGUCACAUGCCUAAUUCUUCUUUUUAAGGUACAGAAUGAGCAGCAAAGACAUUGUUUGAGAUGAAGGACAACAGCAUCGAGUCUCAGAGUGAAGCUUCAUAAAUCCCAUAUUUUAGAAUCAAAUGGACCAAUGAUGAUAGAAAUCAUUUUUCUGGAAUCACUGCCGUAUACUGCCAAAGCAACAAGUCCUUUUGGCAGCGGGCAGUUGGAGCAUUUGCAUCCAUCGUUAUGUUACAGAGGACCCAUCAGUUUCAGCAGUACAUCAAAAAUUCCACUCCCCUCUGCUGCACCUUUUGGACUGGGAAUGGUGUUACUAGAGCCAGCAUUGACUUGAGAGAUAACAACAGAUUGGCAUGGAGGAACAAGGCUGCAGCUUCUCCUCUUCUUCCAGUGGCCCUGUGCUCCUCCGAGGGCCGCCACCGCUCCCUCCACAUCCCCUGCCGCCACUGCUGCUGCCUCAGCCACCACCGACGACGGCCGAGAAGUCUGUGGCCUUGAGGAUCCACAAGGAGGCCGAGAAGAAGCGCAGGGAGAGGAUCAAUGCUCAUUUUUCCACUCUCAGACGCUUGGUUCCCAACUCUGCCAAGAUGGACAAGGCAUGCCUUCUCGGUAGAGUCAUAGAUCAAGUGAAGGAGCUGAAUAGGAAGGUAACAGACAUCAGCCAAGUCUCCAGAGUCCCAAAGGAAGUGAACGAAGUCAGCGUGGUGGAAUGCAGCAUCAGCCACAACGACGACGACGAUCUCUACAUGAAGGCUUCCGUUUGCUGUGAAGACAGACCGGACCUGUUUGCCCAACUCACCGAAGCGUUUCAGAAGCUGAGGCUGAGAACGAUCAAGGCCGAAGUUGUGUCGUUAGGGGGCCGAACCCACGGUGCGUUCUUGCUGUGCCUGGAGGAGAGGAAGGAGAAUGCUUGCGUGAGCUCCUUCAUGGAGUCUCUGAGACGAGCACUGGACGCGAUCGCUUCCGAGAAUAAGGACGAGCCGAGUGAAUUCUCGAGCAAGAGGAGAAGGAUGAUGCAAAUUCCUCGAGUCUAGUGAUUUGUCGUUGUUUGGUGUGGAUGAAUCAUGGACAUUGUUGUAGACCUCUAUUAUCGAUCAAACACUUUUAACAAUCAAUUGGUUUAGUAAUGCACAGUGGAACAAGAAUUAGUUGA